AUGAGGGUGGUAUGGGGGAGUGACGGCGUGACCAAUUUAGCUGCCUUUCCAGCGAAGAUAAAGGCAUUUGGUGACUGUUACUUUCCAGGUGACUACCUUGACAUCAACGAAUGUUUCGUCGAGAAGCCAAACUUCCAGCUAACCGUGGACUCGAUGACGGAGGAAUUGGUGGACUUCAAAGAUGAUUGCCUACGAUCCUGUUUGCGCAGUUAUCUACGUGGUACGCCGUGUGUAAGCGCCGAGCAUCAUCCCAAAGAUAAUGUGGGUUUAACUUUCUUUUCGGAAGGGAGAUUUAGGAGAUCUAAAUUGCGGCGGAAAUGGAGCGGGGGGGAAACAGGGUUUAGCUAG